GACACAAGUUUACACGUGACCACGUUCAUGUGCGGGAGCGCGCGCGCGCAUAUCGCUCAGGAGACAGCAGGCCAAGGGAGCUCGACGACGUCCACCAUCAGUCACACAGGAGAGGACCACUUGGGCAGCUGUGUUGUAACGACAGACCGCUUUUUGGACAUGUCGGACGGAAACGAAGACGUUCAGACGUCCGAAGAGACGCUGGGAGAAGAGCAGGAGGUUCAAGAUAAAAUGAUCAACCCAGAGAAGGCAGAGGAGGCCAAACUGAAGGCCAGAUACCCAAACUUGGGGAAUAAACCCGGCGGCUCCGAUCUGCUUCGUAAACGCCUUCAGAAGGGGCAAAAGUACUUUGAUUCGGGCGACUACAACAUGGCCAAAGCCAAGAUAAAGAACAAGCAGUUGCCAACGGCCGCUCCGGAGAAGACUGAGAUCACGGGGGACCACAUCCCCACCCCCCAGGACCUGCCCCAGAGGAAACCCUCUCUGGUGGCCAGCAAACUGGCUGGCUGAUGCACAGUGGGGCCUCCGCUGCAAAACACCUCCGCCCCCCCCUUCCACCUCAAGAGCUUGUAACAUUACCUCUCC